AUGCGGUCGGGACACAGGCAAGCAGGCAAGCAGGCAAGCAAGCAGGAUGGUUUGGCGUCGGGUCAUAGCGACGGGCCAGUAAGUAGGCUAGCUGGUGGUGGCAUUUGGGUGUGGGAGGACGCAUGCAGCGGCAGCGUGUGCGACGACCCUUGGAAGGCUGUCAGUCGGGGCGUCGUGGUAGCCACCUCCACAGAUGGUGCCGCAGCAUUGCCGUGGGCUGCACGCCAAAACAGGGCGCGUGUGGGUAAGCAUGUUUCUCAGUCGGGCAAUGCCUCAGAUAGAUGGAUGAACCUGGGGCCGCAGACAAGAGGGCGCGUGAGACGGAUCAGCGGCAGCGGUAGUAUGUAA